AUGAUAAAAGCGAUAAUCUACUUCCUAUUUUUAAGCUAAGCUUUAGGAAUUUAUAGUGAUGCUGAUGUAUUUUAUUGUUAUGAGGAUUUGACUGAUGAUGAACUGUCUGAAAAGAUUAAAAUGCAACCAUUAGAUCAAUACAUAUUUUUGAUAGUUUCGCCUUUAGCAUUUAUGUGCACAAUGUUCAUCACUUAUAGUUUUCUCAAGUAUCCAAAUACAAGGAAAAUGCCAGGAGAUAUAGUAUUCUUUAUAUCUUUAUCUGAUGCAAUAUUGUGUAUACAUUGGUUUGUGACUGCAUGCUAUUACACUGUAUAUGGCGAAAGUCCUUUAAGUUCAGGUCCAUUUUGUUAAACAAAUUCAAUGUUUAGUAUAUUUGCAGGAACAGGAGAAGUAUCUUAUAAUGUGGUAUUUUGCAUUUACAUUCGAUUAACCCUUAAAAAUCAAUUCAAAGUAAUACCAAAAUUACCCAUUAUUUUGCAUUCUUUGGCAUGGACAGCAAUGAUAUCAAUCCCAAUCAUAGCUAAAUUUACUCAUAAUAAUGGUCUUUCAAUAUUUGGUACUUGCAGUUUUAAGUAUCACCCAGGAUUUCCUUUGGCUGGUAUAAUGCUGGUCUUAUUUUAUACUCUUAUUUCGUUAUAUACAAUAUGGUACUUUAAUAAAGCCAUUCCAGAUGAUGAGAAAUACAAAGAAAUAAGAGAAACAUUUGGAAAAUAUUAUUAUCGUUAUAUCAAAGGCUCUUGCUUAAUCUGGACAUCCUAGGCAAUAUCAUUUACUCUUGCAGGAUUCAACUGUUCAUAUUUUCAUAAGGGAAUUUUACUGAUAUUUAUAACGAUAGGUAAUUCAGCUAAAUUGUGUACCCCAGUUGUUUUAUCCAUUUUAAGAUACAAUGAACCAACAAUUAAGGAUCAAGUUAAAAGAUUGUGGAGGAAAGUUUGGAGAAGAGACAAUGUCUAAAGUGAAUUAUGUAAGCAUAUAAAGUAUUAAUUAGUGCAUGAUGAUUCUAACUUUUAUGAUACGAUCCAUUAAAAUCUUAAAUUUGAUUAAGUCAACACAAUAAUUUUUGGCAUAAGAUCUGUUUGCAAAAAGGACACGUCCUCAGAAACAUCUGUUUGUGAAUUUGAUUAAAUUUAUCUUGUUAGGAGAUAAACAGAUUCCAGAUAUUGCAAUGAUUCAAUAUUGAGCAAUGAUAUUACGAGGUUGAAGUCUGAUUAUAAUUUGACCACUGAUGAUUUUCUUGAAGAAAUCAUCUACGGAAUUGAUAGCAAAGGAACCAAUAAUGAAAAGUCAUUAGACUUAAAAUUGUUACCAUCAACUAUGACUGUCUAUUCACCAACAAUAUUUCAUAAGAUAAGAGAGAAGGACGCCAAAAUGAUUAAUCAUUUCAAAUCAUUUGACUUAAUUGCCAAUUAAGACUAAAUAAAAUAAUUCAAAGGGCCAGAUGGAGGCAAGGGAGGAGCCUUCUUCUUUUUCACUCAUGACAAUAAAUUAAUUAUCAAAACUUUAUCGGAUUAAGAAUUAAUGGUUAUACGAAAAAAUCUCAUUCCUUACUUUUUUCAUUUAAGUGAAAAUGAAACAGCUAUUUCACCCAUUUAUGGCAUUUACAAAUUAUUCAGAUAAAAUGUAUAUUCUAUUAAUGUAGUAGUAAUGAGAAAUGCUAUGUAAAUACCAUCAAUGUACAGAAUCAGAACAUACGAUAUAAAAGGAUCUGAACACUCAAGAUAAGUCUUAAAGAAAAAUGUUAAGUAUAAUGAUGCUGAGUUAAGGAAAAUUACAUUAAAAGAUAUUGAUUUUCAAAAUUUAGAAUAAUAAUUGCAUAUACCUUAAUAAUAUAGAGAGAGAUUGAGAGUAUGUUUGGUUCAUGAUGCUCAAUUUUUUAGUAAAAUCAAAUUAAUGGAUUAUUCACUAUUGAUUAUUAAAAUGGAUUGGUAUACUUAUAGCUAAAAUAACCAUCAUAUUAAAGAAGAAGACAUUCCCAAUUAUUUCUCAUCUGAUUUGUAAUGUAUUCAUAGUAUAAAUGCAACUGAAAAUGGAAUUUACUAUCAUAUUGCUAUUAUUGAUUAUCUCCAAGAAUGGAACGCUUAAAAGAUCAUUGAAAAGCACACUAAAAAGGCCAUUCAUGUAAAUAUUGCUUUAGACACUUCUGCCCAAAAUCCAGACGAUUAUUCUAAAAGAUUUAUAGAGAAGGUUGCAUAUGUAAUCAUUUGA